UCGAGCGCCGCCCGCGCCACCGGAAGACCCGCGGCCGCGCCAUGUCGAAGAAAAAAGGACUGAGUGCAGAGGAAAAGAGAGUCCGCAUGAUGGAAAUAUUUUUUGAAACUAAAGAUGUAUUCCAAUUAAAAGACAUAGAGAAGAUUGCUCCCAAAGAGAAAGGCAUUACUGCUAUGUCAGUCAAAGAAGUCCUCCAGAGCCUGGUCGAUGACAGCAUGGUGGACUGUGAGAGGAUCGGAACAUCCAAUUACUAUUGGGCUUUCCCAAGUAAAGCUCUUCACGCACGGAAGAGGAAGUUGGAAGUUCUGGAAUCUCAGUUAUCUGAGGGAAACCAAAAGCAUGCAACCCUACAGAAAAGCAUUGAGAAAGCUAAGAUUGGCCGACAGGAAACGGAAGAGCGAGCCAUGCUUACAAAGGAGCUUUCUUCACUGCGAGACCAAAGGGAGCAGCUAAAGGCAGAAGUAGAAAAAUAUAAAGAAUGUGACCCACAGGUUGUGGAAGAAAUACGUCAAGCAAAUAAAGUAGCCAAAGAAGCAGCUAACAGAUGGACUGAUAACAUAUUUGCAAUAAAAUCUUGGGCGAAAAGAAAAUUUGGAUUUGAAGAAAAUAAAAUUGAUAAAAAUUUUGGAAUUCCAGAAGACUUUGACUACAUAGACUGAACUAUUCCGUGUUGGUGAUGGAGCUGUCUGCUGAAAUAUGCACUUUUCUACUUUUCACUGCUUUCACAUUGACCUGUAACUGUGUUGAUCAUUUUGUUUAUCUUUAGUAAAGUAUAAAGUGUAGAUGUUUUAGACUUGUUUGCUGGUUCACAAGAAGGAAGUUGGCUUUUCUCACAGCACCCACAGGCAGGACAGUGCGAGCGGAGGCACCCAUGAGUGAGGUCUGUGGGAGUCCCAGAGGCCAGCGCCAUCAUAGCACAUUUCCGUUGCAUCCAGACAUCAAAUGUUAAGCGCUAAGGGUGUGCUGGGAGACCCCAUUCUACAUGUAAACCUGCACAUAAAUGCUCGGAAAUAACCUUUAAUGCCCUAAUGGCUGCUUUCCUAUAAUGUCAGGACUUAGUGCAAUGUUCUACAUCAUGUUUGCAAAUUUCCCACAGAAAAAUACUGAAAGUGGCUUUCUCAAAUUUAGAGUAUGGCAUGGGCAUUCCUCAGACAGGACUAUUUAUGAUGAACUGAUGCCUUUCCAGAGAACAAGCCCCAGCCCCCUUGUCCUGACAUCUGCGCUUCCAUAAGGUGGCCCCUGGCGGUAGAAGGCCACACUGCCCACCAGAGGCCAGGGGUUUCUUUUCAACCACCUAAAAAAUAAAGAGUAGGUUAAAAAUAGCUCAUAUCCAGUGUGUAUUUCUCUUUCCAGUUCAGCUUAGGCAUUUAGAAUAUUUGCAAGCCCUCCAAGACAAACGUAAAGAAAACCAAAACAAAGGUGUGGGAUGCUUUUUCCAUACAUGCCUUUGGUUUUUUUCCCACACUGUCCAAUAUUUAUAUUCUUUUAAGUAACUUGAAUGAGAUAGUCCAUGUAUCUGGAAUGACCCAAAUGGCAUCCAAACCAUUUGUUAGUGAAUCUGGCCUUUGUAUUGCAGGAGGUGUGGCCCCGGGUCCUACUUAAUCACUUCCUGGAGGUGGGCGGGGAGCAAAUUGGUCCAUCUUUGUUCUUGGGGCCAGUUUAUAUUGCCUUAGGGUAGGCAGCAGCUCUUCUACUGGAGAAGUAUUUGAUGUCAGAGACAAAGGACAAAUAAUAAAAAUAAUUCAUCUGAAUCCUUUCUCUUAAACAUUAAUUGUGGGAAUUCCAAAAUUUCUCAGACUUUGCUGUUAGUCAAGGGAAAAAAAUUGCUUCCUUGUUUAGAGAGAAGUAUAUGUACUCAGAAAGGAAGCCAUUUCUAAUGAUCCCUAGAAAAUUCUGUUUUUUUUAGGUAUGUAGGCAACUUUGAAAAUUUUUUGCAGAGCUAUGAGAAUGACUGAUCUAGCAAGAGCUGGUAGUGCCCCCUGUAGCCAGAAGUGUGCUGGUUGAAUGUCUACAUGUGUUAGGGGGAAAAGGAUGUCCCAAAGCAAAUUCCAUAUAGGCUUUGUGGACUCCAACCCCACCCCAGGUCAAAGCCAAAGACACUGGGAACUCCAAAUCCCAUCACCACCAAAGGGAAGGUGGCUGGGACCUGAGGGUGGGGUUAAGCAGCCAGGUGGAUACAAAAGGCAGACACGUGGGCUUUGGGGGUCCGGUCAGCUCUGAGAGUGACUUUGGGGUUUCCAGGGUAGGACGCAUUAAAGACUUUAUUUCCCUAUUUUCUCCCUGAGUUGUACAUUUUCCUUAUUUCCUUUUCUCUUGUAAAUAAACCUUUUAUUAACCCUUUUGCAUGUGUCUGUAGUAGAGUAUUCAUAAGUCCCUUUAAAGCGCGCGGGUGAGGACCCACAGCCAGGAACCCGUUUAAUAUCGGGGUUGCUCUAUAACACAUGGACUCAGGAAGUGGGAGCAGGGCCUGGUUAUAGUAAUUGCCUCUUCCAGGUGCAAAUACGCUAAACCUAUUUCAGAUUAGCACCUUGAUGACAACGCAGAGCUGCGGAUAGGCGCUCAGCAUGCCAUCACUUGGUUUUUCCACCACAGAAAACAGACUAAGUAAAUAAUCUCAAGAGCAGAAAUAAUGAUAAAAUGUAAAAUAAUUGGGGAGUGAUGAGUUUUGAGUUUUUACAACUUUGUUUUUAUACAGUACGUCAGAGUUUAUUUAAUCUUUAAUGAUGGCUGUGUCCACUGGGCUCCCUACCAAACAGCUCGAGGCUCACCUACUCUAGCACAUCACUGCUCUGAACCUUUAAGAGCUACAUUUGAAUUUGCUCUUGUCUAAAAUUAAAGACACUGAUUAAGAACCACAGGAACUUGGCCCAACUGAGCUCUGGUAAUCCUAAGUCCUGGAUUGGUUUUGUUACUGAGCCUAACACAGUAAAGCUUAUAUAGACAGAGUCAAAUUACAUGUGAUCCAGAUCAAAUUCCAUUCAGCAAAUGAUGCUAUAAUUGAUACUCCCAGUAUCUUUUUUGAUGAAUUUUAGAGUAUGAAAGGUAUUUCUCCACAGGUAGUAAUUUUUUAAAUCUCACCAUCCUGUUUUUGGAGAGUUCUAGGAGGAAGAUUGUACAGUCUUCUAAUAAGUUUCACAGUUGUUUGGAUCAAGCCCCUCCAAUGUCCCUUCUGCAGUUGGGCUGUGACCAGAGUAUCCACAAGGAUGAAUUGGAUGUGAUUUUUCCUGUGAUGUUUGCCACGUCAUUUGUCUAAAGGGAUUACAGAGUUCUUGGCCAGUCUCAGAAAUAGAUGCUAUUAUCCUUAACAUUUUCAAGCAUGAUUCUCUUUAAGGGAUUAGGAAAGGAUAUGAGUGUAGCUGGCAGCCAAGAAGCAAGAACCACCCUGAUAACUCUUGAGCAGAAAAAUCUGAAUAAUAUGAAAAUGCUGGGGUUUUUGAGAACAUGACUGGAGUAAAAUAGAAAACAUUUUUCAACUAAUACGGCAUCAUUUGUCUUUGUUUUUAAAAAUUGAUUGAUUUAUGCAUACAGGAACUGGGGUACAGGCCAGAGGUGUGGGGGUGAGAGGAUUCACCAGAGACAGAGUGGGGAGCAGAACAGGUAGAUGUAUUGAAAUACACUGCUGAGGGCCUCCCGGGUGGCGCAGUGGUUGAGCGCUGAGUUGCGAAGCUGCUUGCGACUUCUGCAACACCGGUUCGAUCCCCGGCCACCGGGUGAGGGUCCCACAUGGCGCGCAGACCUCUCCUGCCACCCGCUGCUCCCCUCAGCAGUGUACUUUGUCAGUCUACCUGUUCUGCUCUCCGCUCUGGCUCUGGUAAAUUCUCUCACUCUCCCGCACUUCUGACUGUACCU